AUGGCAAUACGGUUCCAAGAUGGUGUAAGUCGUGUAGUUGAUUGGGUCUCUGCCCAAGUAAAGGCUCAAUACCCUGGCAAAUUCGGUUUCUUCGCGUCUCUACCCCUCCCGGACAUCCAGGCGUCUUUGAAGGAAGUCGAUUACUGCUUCAACAAGCUGGACCCGAAGCCGGAUGGCGUCGUGUGGAUGUCCAAUUUCUACGGCAUGUACUUUGGCGACCCAGACCUAUUCCCAAUCUACGAGGCGCUCAACAAGCUCAACGUGACAAUCUUUGAGCAUCCCACGACGCCAUGCACUGAGUACAACCAUUUGAAAUAUGACAUCACCGCGGAAGCUCCAACAAUCACGCAGAAGGAAUGGCAGUCCCUCAAUAGACCGGUGGCAACCAGACAAUUUGCGGCGCCAACGCUCGACUUCCCUUUCGAUACAGCUCGCACUUUCGCAGACCUAUUCUACUCCCAAAUACCAACCCGAUUCUCACGCCUCAAAUGGAUCAUCCCACAUGCUGGCGGCGGCCUCAUCCCCACUUUAGAUCGGAUAGUUGGGUACAGUACUCUAUAUCCCCACCUCAACUUGACGCGAUCAUCCAUGAUAGCGACACUCGCGAAAAGCUUCUACUUCGACCUUGCCGCAGGCUUCCGUCCUCCCAAACCUGACCGUGCUCGAGAAGACAUCAUCUUAAAACAAAGAAAAAGACGUGCUGAGGACGUCUGGGACCACUUUCGAAAGCCACAAGAGGACGAAGACAAGAGAGGAAAGGAUGGACAGUCAUUAAUGUACUGCAAAAUUUGCAAUGGAAGGUGGUCUACUGCGAUUACGACAAAUGCACGUGGCCAUCUUGCGAACAAGCAUCAAAUAUACAUUGAGGUUGCAGAGCCAAAGGGCAAGAAACCACGCCAAUUAGCCCUCGAUAUCUCGUUUCAAAAUGCUACACAGAAGCUAGCGGAAAGGGACAGUUUCGAGUUGAGAGAGAAGCUCCGCAACGCUAUUGACAGGGACGCUUUUUAUGAAGCACAGAUCCAGCUCAUUACUCGCCGCCGGAUGGCAUUUAAUUGUGUUGAAUGGGCUGAAUAUCAAGCACUCCUCAUGUCUAUUAACCCAGAAGUCGAAAGCCUCCUUGUCGAAUCACAUUCAAGCAUCCCAAUCCAUAUUGAGCGCAGCUUCCGCAAGCAUUAUGGAACCGUCAAGAGCCGGCUCCAAAAUGCUAGGUCUCAAAUUCACUAUAGUAUCGAUCUCUGGAAAUCACCAAACCGCAAAUCAUUCCUCGGCAUUUGCGCACAAUUCGUUGAUAAUGAGUACGUUCUUCGAAAGGCGCUGUUGGCACUUCUACAGUGGCGCUUUUCACAUAGUGGUGAGACAAUGGCAGCCCACAUUCUUGAUGCGAUCAAAGCUUAUGAGAUUGCCGAAAAUACUGGAUAUAUUGUUGGGGAUAAUGCUUCAAGUAAUGACACUUGUGUUGCGGCCAUUGGAAGAGAGCUUAUCAAACUGGGAAUUGAAUUUGAUGGGAAGAAGCGCCGUAUUCGUUGUUGUGGUCACAUCAUCAAUCUCUCUCUUGAAGCCUUUCUUUUUGCAAGCACUGUCGAAGCACUCGAAGCUGCUAUCGAGGCUGCAAAGGAAGAGGCAGACCUCACCAUUGUAGAGGCAUUACAAGAACAACUUCGAGAAAAGCAAGGUAAGAAAGGCAAGAAGAAACGACUGGGUGAUGAGGCUGGAUGGCAGUCAAUCAGUGCACUCAGUAAUCUCCAUACUAUCGCCGUCUUCAUUCGCUCCUCAUCGAUCCUUUCAGAUGAAUGGGAGACCUUAGCCGGCAAAACGUUAGGCAUUGAUAAUGUCACCCGAUGGAAUUCAUGGUUUAAUCUCAUUAAAACAGCGGUUGAGAAGCAAGCAAAGUUGAUGAUCUUCUGUCAAAACCAUCAUAAAGAACUUGGACCAGCAGUUCUCUCGCCUCAAGAUUGGGAGACUCUUAAAAUUACUCUGGAGUUCUUACAGCCCUUCUCUCAAGCGACGCUUAUUCAAGAGUCAAAAUGGUCAUCUCUUGAUCAGGCACUCUGGACGAUGGAUGUACUGUUUAAGCAUUACGAGCAAGCGAAGGCCAAGUACGCCCAUAACUCCCAUAUAGUCAACUCCAUCAAUAUGGGCUGUAUAUUGACCUUCAUUGGGAUCCAUCUUGGUGUGGGCCAGCCCUCAGAGCAGCGAGGGAGGUCUGGGCAAAGUACAAAGAUCUGCCACUUCAAGACAAAUGCAAACCGGGGGGCGAACGACAGCCAUGAGCUCUCAGAGUUUGACAAGCUUGCGCAAGAGCUUGAUGUUACUGAGGAUGACGGUGAGGAUGAAUUUGAGAAGUUCGUUACAUCGUCGCCACAUAAGAUUACCUGCUCCCCUUUACAAUGGUGGUGUAAAGAAGAACAGAGAUUGGAGUACCCUCGUCUCCACAAAAUGGCUAUUGACAUUCUCUCUAUCCCGCCAAUGUCAGACGAGGCAGAACGUGUCUUUUCAGGUGUUAGACGUACAAUCUCUUGGGAUAGGGCAAGGCUAGGCGCUUGGAUUGUGGAGAUGACAGAGCUUUUAGGGAAUUGGAAUAAGAAUGAUCUUAUUCGAGUUCUGCAUGUACUAACUGGCGAAGAUGAUGAAGUUAUUAGCCUUUCAGAGACUGGCGGCAAUGAAAUUGACAUCGUCGGCGGUGACAACUCGUCACAGUAA